UCAUUCUGCACUUCGGCCGGCGAGCGGCGAGCGCUCCAGUUUUGUGCGUGAUGCAGAUGCAGGCAGCAGGCAAGGAGCCUGCGGCCGCGGCGGUCCCUGCCGCCAACAAGCCACCGAGCAUCUGCGACAGGCUCCAAAGGGCCUUCGCUGCCCGGCCGGCGUUCCGCCCCCUCCGCCGUAUCACCGUCGGCCGCCACCAGGACGGCGGAGCUGCCAAGCCUGCUGGUGCCGGUGAUGGAGUCAGCGCAGCGUUUGGGCCAGCUCCUAAUAAACACAGCGGCCCGCCAUUGCCGGCUCCGCCGGCCACAGUAGCACCGCAGUGUGAGCAGCCGGUUCCCGUGCGUUUACCAGCCGUCGCCAGCAAGGUGGCGGCGGGCGGCGCGCCAACGGGGCCGCCGGUGCCUGUGCCACCGCCGGACGUUAUGGCCGGGGACAUGGGCCAGCAGAUCCAAGGGAAGACCAGGGUGGGCUCCAGGGUCCGCAACCGCAAGGCGCUCUCCAAGUAGUAGAGAGGUGAACACGGUGGCCGGUGGGAUUUAGGAAGAAGCUAAUGAUCCUGGUCGUUUAUGCAGCAGCGAUCCUUACAUUUGAUUAUGGAUAUCAGGAUGUGGUUUAAUCUCUGUGAGAUCCUUUCUGUGAGCGUGAGAACGUUGAUAUCCUAUCAAAGUUCUCGGAAUAUACAAUCACUACAAAUGUAAAAUAUCAUGCUUCUAGUGUACUAGCUGGAUGUCCGUGCGUUGCAACGGGAAUAUAUAAUACCAGUAUACUACGAUAACUUA